AUGCCUCCUAAGAAAUCCUUCAACUGGGGGCUGUGGAUCAAGGUCCUGGUGGGCGGAACAAUCAUCAGCGUUGGUGGACCGGCGCUCACAUUCUGGCUGGUACCAACCGAGGAAGAGCUGAGAUCGAGGUACAACCCCGAACUCUUGAAGAGAAGCUUGGAGGGCAGAGAGGAGAGACAGCAAGAGUUUGACCAGUUUGUCACGCGGCUCAAGGAGUAUUCCAAAUCGGAUAAACCAAGUUGGUCCAUCAACCAGUCCUUGACACUUGUUGAUCCCGGGCAGACCGAGACUAACGCAGUAAAACCAGUUUGGGCCGUCAUUAAAGAAGAAGAAGAGAGGAAGAAGAAAGCAGACCUGGAAGCCGCAAGGCUACAAAAACAGGAGGCUGUAGCCCAGAGAGACGAAAUGCGGCGAGAAGCUGGGCUCGGGAAAUAG